UACCAAAAAAUUGACCGGGAAGAGGCCAUUGUAGAAAUCGGCAAAAUGGGCUACUUUGAUUUGACAAUUUUACAAGAGGAAAAAAAACGAGAACAAAAAGAAAAAAACCAGAUCUUUUAUUUGCUUUUACUCAUAGCCGAUAUUUAUCAGCAUAAUUUAUUGACCUCAGCCGGUCAGGAAAUAUUAAAUUAUCUCCGUCAAGAACGGCAUUUAGACGAGACAACAAUUAAUCGCUUCGGUUUAGGAUGUAGCAUUAAUAAUCGUCAAUUAAGCCACUUACUUUUAGACCAAAAAAAUUCCGACUUUUCCUCCGAGGAUUUAUUAGCCACUAAUCUGGUUUGGAUAACGGACCAGAAUCAGACUUGUGAUUUUUUUCCCGCCCGUCAUUUAAUCAUACCCCUAGCCAAUGCAGCGGGAAAAAUAGUGGCUUUUGCGGCCCGAAAAAUUGGCAAAAUAUCAGAUGACGAAGGAAAAUACAAAUAUUUGCCUAGUUAUCAAUAUUAUCAAAAAUCGGCUCUGUUGUAUAACUAUUCAAGAGUAGCAAAAAGUCGGACCGAAGAAUGUUAUUUAGUCGAAG